AUUACUACCUAGGCUAUGGCUGUAGCAUCAAUUCAAGUUCAAUAUCCGACUAUAAAGGAUGCUGGGCUGUACGAGGAGUGGUGGUUGGCCGGCGUAUAUAUCGUCUCCUUUUUAUCUUUGCUGUACUAUCGCUACUACAGUUGAUACCACUACUUCGUUCAGGUGGAAGCCAUGUCACUCCUAACAGAUCUUAUAGAUUCGAUUGGACCCCUGAAGAUCUUCUUUCUUCUUGUCCUUGCCUGGUAUGUAACUUCGGCGGUCUACUCGUGGUACCGCCUUCGACAUGUGCCCGGUCCGUUCCUGGCCUCAUUCUCGUAUCUGUGGCUAGCUGUUUAUGCUUUGAGCGGCAAGCAACUUGAGAUUAUCGACUAUAUCGGUAAGAAAUACGGUUCGCUCAUCCGGCUCGGCCCCAACGUGCUCUUAUCGGAUGACCCAGAGGUCAUAAAGUCCCUGUCAAGCGCGAAGAGCAAGUACAAGAAGUCGACAUGGUACCUUGGGAGUCGCUUCAACCCAUAUCAUCCGACUAUGUUCAUAACGCUGGAUCCGGUAGCCCACGACAAGACCAAGUCCCAGGUCUGGCCUGGGUAUAGCGGUCGCGACAAUCCCAAUUACGAGUCUGACAUUGAUUCUCAAAUUACCAAUUUCAUCGACAUCAUUCGGAAGCGAUACAUCACAACAACCGGCGCAGGGGGAUAUCGCCCCUUUGACCUGGCUCAAGCUGUCUCGUAUUUCACCAUAGAUGUUAUUUCCAAGUUGUCAACAGGGCAAGAGUUUGGAUGCUUAGAAACCGAAUCGGAUCGACAUGGAUUCAUACAAGCCACGCAUAAACAGCUGCUAUUGAUAGCCAUCGCGCAAGAGGUGCCCUUGAUCCGGGAUAUCGCGUACUCUACACUUGGUCUGAAAAUUUGGGGACCUAAGGAAACAGAUCAAAAAGGACUAGGAAAAAUCAUGCACAUAGCAAAUGAAGCCGUGCGAAAGAGGUUCGAACCGGAUGCGGAUAAGGAUGAGAAAGCUGUGCUGGCCUCGUUUAUUAGACAUGGUCUCACACAGGCUCAAUGUGAAGUAGAGUCCAUCUUCAUGUUCGUAGCCGGCUCUGACACAACCGCUUCCGCGAUCCGGGCCACGCUACUACACAUUUUAUCGACACCACGGGUAUACCAGUGUUUAAAGGAUGAGAUAAAAUCAGCUGUUGAGGAGGGAAGGGUGUCGCGCCCCAUCACGCAGGCGGAGGCUAGAGAGUUGCCGUACCUCCAAGGUGUCAUCUACGAAGGCUUACGAAUACGUCCGGUAACGACUAGUAUGAUAGCCAAGGAGGUACCUCGCGAGGGCGACACGAUCAACGGUAAGUUCAUCCCGGGAGGCAUGAUAGUCGGUUCGAAUUUCCAGUCGCUCCUGCGCUCGAAGGCCUUGUUCGGCGAAGACGCCGAUGUCUUCCGACCGGAGCGAUACCUAGAACUCGACCAGAAAGCCUGCGCCGAAAUGGAGCGGAACGUUGAGCUCAGUUUCGGCUAUGGCCGAUGGAUGUGCGCCGGGAAGCCUAUUGCGCUUAUGGAGCUGAAUAAGAUUUUCUUCGAGUUGCUACGAAACUUCGACUUUCAACUCGUAAACCCUCAGAAACCGAUGACUACUGCCAGCUAUGGUCUUUAUAUCGAUAAAGGACUGCUGGUGAGAGUCACGGAGUCAGAUAUUGAUCAUUGAUUCAGCGCGCCGUUCAACUCUUGCUUUAAUGCUGCGUGAUUGAUGAGUGAUGGGUGAUACAUGCCUGGCCUAUUAUCACCAGUUCUGGGUGCAUUGAUGCAGUUGUAUGUGAAACGUGAUAGCUCAUCUUAUGCAGUCUUAUGAUGGGAUUUCGAGUUACCCCAAU